UCAGUUUUAAAGCGGUGCAGUUACCAGCUGCUACAAAAAAAGGGAAAUUGGCGACGUCAAAAUCAUUAAACAGUUGCUAAAUAUAAAGUGUUCUUCGCCUUUAGCAUUUUAAAAAAGAAGCUCGACUGUUUCGACAUUAUGAUGACAAACAGAUUCUCAUUCGGCGGCUUGGCCCUGCUCACGGUUUGCGUGCUGACCAUAUCAAGGAGUCAGGCCGCACCCAUGCCCAGGUACCAGAGCACCAAUGCCGGAUAUAAUGGGGGUUAUAAUGAGCUGGAGGAGGUGCCCGACGACCUUCUGAUGGAGCUGAUGACACGCUUCGGACGCACUAUAAUUAGAGCACGCAAUGACUUAGAGAACUCGAAGCGUACUGUUGACUUUGGUUUGGCACGCGGCUAUUCAGGUACUCAGGAGGCGAAACAUCGCAUGGGUCUCGCAGCCGCCAAUUUUCCCGGAGGCCCAGGCCGAAGGCGACGCUCCGAAACUGAUGCUUAAACGAUGCCGAUGGCGAUUGAGUUUGCGAUCUUGAUAAUGUGUAACUACAAUUCGAAAUAACUAUAAAUAAGGGUUUUAUAUUUAUAUUUUAGUUUUGGUUUGAUUGGCUUAUAGAAUAUAAGUAUAUCAUUUUUUUAACACAAGCAUAAUAUAAUUUUGCAUUGUACAUACAUAAAUUUAUUUAAGACGGAACACACACAAAACCAUCUAUACAUACCACACGUGGUAAAUAUCUGAAAUUGAUGUUACAGUAUUAUCGCACGUUCAACGUUAGUUAAACGUUAAGCUGUUGCUCCAAAGUUACAAAAAAAAAACUUAAGAUUCACAAGUGAAAAGUUUGUGCAAAUUUAAUAAAGCGUUACCUAGAUCAGAACAGAUCGCAAAAUAACGAUCUAUCGCUUCUCUUUAUGUUUGAAAAAAAAAAAAACAAAAUACAUAUAAAAUAUUUUAACAUAUGCUGCAAAACAUUAAAAUAAAUUAUGUAUAAUUAUACAAAUAUUCAAGUGUCAUUAAACUUGCACAAAAAAUCUUUAAGUGGGUAUGCCUUAGUAUUAGCACACAAAACAAAAAGAAAACAUACUAUAUUCCAAAUGUGUUAAUUUAAAAACGGCCUAUUUAAAACGCUCUUAAAGUUCUGCAAGCGACUCAAAAGUACUUUUUGUAAAUAAAAUACGCACGUGUAAAACUAUUAUGCAUACUCUAUAAAUAUUUAAACGGUGUCUAUAUUGAAAAAUUAAAUGCAAAAAUAUCGAA